AUGCAUCAUUUCACCCUCCACGCGAUGCUCCCCGCGAUGGCGGGGCGGGUGGAGGUUCCCUACGCCCCACCCGCCGCGCGGCCGCCGCGGUGGCCGUCCCUGUACAGCCUCGAGUUGAUGCCCGACCGCUGCGCGUUUGACGGGGAGCGGGGCUCGUGGGCUUCCCGGGAUUCCCACGGGCCCCUGCACGCCUAUGAAAAGGGCCAGUUGUUGACAGAUGCGGCGCGUUUUCCGAUCCUGUAUCGGGCGCUGGAUAUUGAAUAA